AUGAAAAUGAAGAAUAAUAUGUUCGCACGCAACCGUAAAAUUCACAACCCAUUCAAAAAGAGAAGUCCUUCAAAUAAAUCAAAUGCACAUGCUCUUUAUCAUCAAAAUAAUGUAAUAAGUGCUUUAGGUGGAAUACCACAUGAUUACGAUUUUGAUUACGGUUCAGAAACAGAAACUCCAACGGUCUAUUCAUCACGAAGAAGUUCAAUUUAUUGCGGAUCUUCACCACAAAGCCCAACGACUCAUGUAUAUUCAUAUUUUCCAGAACCACAUCAUAAUUAUCUUGUCGCUGCAACACAUUCACAUCAUCAUCAUAAUGACAAAUGUUGUCAUGAUGCCAAUUGCAAACAAUAUAAGCAAACAAAAAGGAAUAGUUCUGAUUCUUAUAACCCACGAAGAAGUUUUACUGGUUUUAAACUUUGGUUACGAUUAACUUGGGUAAAAGUUGGUAGAACCUUUCGUUAA